AUGGUGAAGGGCGAGCGUUUGUCUGCGCCAGUUGCGCGCCUGUUCCAGUGCCACUACAAUCAGCAAUGCGAUGGCGAUGAUGACGGUGGUGAUGGUGGAGACGUGCUUGCGCUGUGCGGCAUUGCCAGAAGCGCUGCAGGGCCGUGUUGGCCACGAAUGACGCUCCUCUUGCAAGCCAUGCAGAAGCUUCACGGUGGUGAUGGUGCCAGCCAGCGCGAUGACGACUCAUUGGAUGGACGUGCCGUGUACGCUGCUGCCAUGGCGCUCUCUCGCCUACUGCAGCAGCAGUGGUCAGGUAGCUACGACGGGCACUGCGCUCAUCCGUUCAGUCAUCAGGAUGAAGACGGCACAGCUGAGCACGAUGCAGACCUGCUAACUGAGGAUGCAAUUGCGCUCGGGCUGCGCGUGACGGCUGCGCUGGAGACCGACCUGCGCCACGCCUUGAAGCACGCCGCGUCUGCCAGUGAGGCCCGCCAGUGCCACCUGCUGCGACAGGUCAUCCAGCACCCGGCCAUCGGCCAGCGCAUUGGAUACGAGUGUCAGACGUUGCUGCUCAUCGUCGCCGGCCCACCACAGAGCCUCAACCUGCGCAACCUCCUCUGGCAUGGGUUCCUGGACCAGGGCGACUUACCUGCACCCAUGCUCGGCUUGCUCUGCGCAGUCGCCUCUCACGUGCACGCUGCUGUCUCCGCCACAUGUGGCCCGCCCCCGUUCCGCCCCAAGCUGUCCAGACCGCUGCCCAUCUCCAUCCAAACGGGCACCGACGUGUCACAGCCACAGUCAUUCCUUGCAUGGGCAGGGGAGAUGCGCGAUGCCAACGCUGUCACUGCCCUUCGACACGGCGACGCUGGACGCUUCUACAACGCCUGCGCCCUCAUGCUCGUGUCCAUCGAGCACCAGCUCCGCCUCUGGUUUGCCAAGGCCAAUGGCUGCGAGGAGCGAGCUGUAACCGCCAUGAACAGCGAGCUCUUCACCACCUUUGACCACAUCCUCAGCCCUCGCGUUGCCCGUCCUUCAGGCCAUGACACACAUGACGAUGAUGGUGGUGAUGAUGUUCAGCCGAAUGCCCUGUGGCGGCAUCUCGGGCCAGGCGUCAUUGAACUCUUGUACGACCUCCUCGUCUUGCCCAAGGGACCUCGGUUGCGUGAUCGCUUGAGCCAUGGCAACAUCGCAGACAUCAGGCACGCGUCGUGGUGGCAGUGCGUGGCGCACAUUGGCCGCGCCGUGCACACGCACAACACAUGCACGCCUCAGUUCAGUAGGUACACCAGCACACUUCACCCGGCAUACGACACGCAGCACCACCUCGCCCGUUCAUGGGCUGUGCUCAACACGCUACACGCCGCGUACAACGCAUGCCUUCCCACACACGGCAGCAGCACCCGUGGCAACGACAGUUGUGAUGAUGUUGAACAGAGAAGUCGUACAAGCCACCACAACGCUUCCAGCAGCGAACCUGAAGAAGAAGACAAAGACGAUGACGAUGACAAUGAUGAUACAUCAGGGCCAGCGCUGCCCACAUCGGCACACCGCAUCCUCUCUCAAGUCGUCAGCGACGAUGACAGCGGUGAUGAGUUGCAAAGCACUGCACAGCAGCUGCAACAACUCUUCCUUGGCGCAUAUCACGGUGAACGUAGCACCACCACCACCACCAACAACAACCACAGCAGCAGCAGCAGCCAGCAGAGGAAUGAAGGGCAUGCUGAGCGCUGUCACUGUGCAGAGGCAGACAUCGUCGCAGCCCUGGAGCAGGUCCCAGCUUCCAUGUUUGAGGCCAAGUGGUGGACGGAGCACAGCGGCGACGCCGUUGUAUCCGCUGUCAUGCACACGCACAACCGCAAUUUGAACCCACGCGCAUAUGUACGUGGAAUCACCCUCUCCGCCCCAAAGCGGAGACAGGGGCAGCAGCAGCAGCAGCAGCAGCAGCAGCAGCAGCAGCGCAGGGGAGCAAGGCGUGAUGGAGACAUUCGUUGUGCAGGGUGCAGCGUGGUGGUGCCAUGUUCUCGUGAUGAUGCCAAGGAUGAUGAUGAUGACGAUGAUGAUGAUGAUGACGAUGAUGACGAUGGCAAUCACAAUGACGCCGCGCGUGUGUGCACGUGGUUGCGCUUCGUGCCGGCGUGUGGACGGCUGGCGGUGCUUGACGCAACUCGCGAGCAGAGCAAACUGGUCAACGCCAUUCACAAGUGCGCGAGCACGCUGCACCGCACGUGUGCGCGCGUGUGCGAGACGUGGGUUACGCGAAUGGCGGCGGAGGCACGUGGCCGCAUCUCCACGCGUGGAUACAUUGCCCACGGAAAGAUGCAGCGGGUCAUCCCUGUUGUCGUGCGCACGCUGCGGUUGGUGGCGCUGGCACUCAGCUGUGGAGCUCUGUGCCUGCAGGCACGGCGGCGC